ACAUGGAAGCGAUGGACGUGGAAGACAGCGACCACAAGAAGAUUGCGGACAAUAACUCUUCGCUUCCCAUUCCCUGGCUUGAAAAGUAUCGUCCGAUUGAAUUCACGGACAUUAUUGGCAACAAAGAAGUGAUCAAUAGGUUUGAGAUCUUCUCCAAUGCGGGAAAUAUCCCGAACUUUAUUCUGUCGGGUCCUCCAGGAGUCGGAAAGACAACCACAAUCCUAUGUCUGGCCCGCAAUCUGUUGGGCGGCAACUAUAAGGACGCGGUUCUUGAGCUGAACGCUUCCAACGAGAGGGGCAUUGAUGUGGUGAGGAAUAAGAUCAAAAUGUUUGCCCAAACGAAAGUGACGUUAGGUUUGGGUAAACACAAGAUUAUAAUUCUGGACGAAGCGGACAGUAUGACUGAAGGGGCGCAACAGGCACUCCGCCGCACAAUGGAGGUGUACUCCAAGUCCACUCGCUUUGCGUUGGCCUGCAAUACCUCCGAGAAGAUCAUUGAACCGAUUCAGUCCAGAUCGAUGGAUGUGGAGGACAGCGACCACAAGAAGAUUGCGGACAAUAACUCUUCGCUUCCCAUUCCCUGGUAUUUAGUCUUCAAUUUAAUGCUUGAAAAGUAUCGUCCGAUUGAAUUCACGGACAUUAUUGGCAACAAAGAAGUGAUCAAUAGGUUUGAGAUCUUCUCCAACGCGGGAAAUAUCCCGAACUUUAUUCUGUCGGGUCCUCCAGGAGUCGGAAAGACAACCACAAUCCUAUGUCUGGCCCGCAAUCUGUUGGGCGGCAACUAUAAGGACGCGGUUCUUGAGCUGAACGCUUCCAAUGAGAGGGGCAUUGAUGUGGUGAGGAAUAAGAUCAAAAUGUUUGCCCAAACGAAAGUGACGUUAGGUUUGGGUAAACACAAGAUUAUAAUUCUGGACGAAGCGGACAGUAUGACCGAAGGGGCGCAACAGGCACUCAGACGCACAAUGGAGGUGUACUCCAAGUCCACUCGCUUUGCGUUGGCCUGCAAUACCUCCGAGAAGAUCAUUGAACCGAUUCAGUCCAGAUGUGCUGUCAUUCGGUUUACAAAACUCAAUGACAACCAAAUCGGCCACAAAUUGAAAGACAUUUGCAGGAAAGAGAAACUCGAGUUCAAUGACGAGGGCAUCGAUGCGUUGGUGUUCACAGCGCAGGGAGAUAUGCGUCAGGCCAUCAAUAAUCUUCAGUCCACUUCCGAUGGCUUUGGACUCAUUAGCAGUGAUAAUGUAUUCAAAGUGUGUGACGAACCGCACCCUCUCUUCAUUAAAGACAUGCUUAAGAACUGUUUGGACAACAAUUUGGAUGAAGCGCUCAAAAUAAUGAGCAAAUUGUAUAAAAUGGGUUAUUCUCCCGAAGAUAUCAUUUCUAAUGUGUUUCGAGUGACCAAAAACUACUCAUUACCUGAAUAUUUGAAACUAGAAUUCAUUAAAGAGAUUGGAAUAACACAUAUGCGGAUCGCACAGGGAGUCAAUUCAUUGCUACAGUUGUCCGCAUUAGUGGCCAGACUUUGUAAAAAGACAUUAAAA